UUAAGGCGCGUGAGCUCAAAGCGCGUGUUUCUACGCGAUUCUCGCGACUCCAAAAAAAAUUUGCUUCCUAGGGUUUGUUUCGUCGUUGCAAUCUCAGUUGAAUGUUCAUGAACCCACCGAUCCUAAAAUCUCUCACACGAUCUUUCGAUUCCUUGUUUGAAAUCUACAGUAUUGGCGCUCAAACCCUAGAAAAACCCUAAAUUUUCCGUUUCGGAGAAAUCUCGUCAACGAGUGCAAUGGCGUCUGGUCCUAUAACCGGUGGUGGUGUUCCGAAGACGAAGCAUAAAUGGAGUGAUAGUGGAAACAAAAGCCAGAAACGAUCGAGACCCACGACGGUGAGACCGGUUCCGCUCGUGUCUCCGUCAAAUUCGCUUGGUUCGGAAGAGAACCAUCAGAUGAUGAAGAUAAGUUUGAGCUCAAUUUCUAAGCUUGAAGUUAGGAACUUGAAACGGAAACUAAUGGCUGAGCUUGAAGAAGUUAGGAGCUUGAUUAAACGGUUCGAACCACAAGGUAACUUCGCCGGCGGUUUUGGGUCCGCGGAGCUACCACCUCUGUCGAACAAGAAGGUGAAAACAGCAGCGAACGGUGGUAAGAAGGGAGUACACGGAGCAGCUGCUGCGUCUGAUAAAGGUACGGUUCAGAUUUUGAAGAGCUGCAACAAUUUGCUUACGAAGUUGAUGAAGCAUAAGUCUGGAUGGGUUUUCAAUACUCCUGUUGAUACGGUUAGGCUUGGUUUACAUGAUUAUCAUAAUAUAAUAAAGAAGCCUAUGGAUUUGGGAACAGUGAAGACUAGGUUGAGUAAGAGUUGGUAUAAGUCACCUUUGGAGUUUGCUGAGGAUGUUAGACUUACUUUUAACAAUGCAAUGCUGUAUAAUCCUGUUGGGCAUGAUGUGCAUAGUAUGGCUGGGAUUUUGUUGAAUCUGUUUGAAGAGAAAUGGGGACCGCUUGAAAAGCAGUAUGAGUUACUUAAUAGGAGGCAAACACCAGUCCGUGAUAUUGAUUUCCAUGCUCCUGUUUCAACGAACACUCAUAGUGUAGAGCGAUUACCGUUACGUCCUCCGUCACGUUCCUCGUCUCCACCAACUAAAAUAGUUGAAAAUAGGACUGUGGAGAGAGCAGAAUCGAUGACAAACCCAGUGGAACCUGCAGUUCUAACUGUUGUCCCCGAGAAGAGGCCUGAAGAAGAGGAGGCGUCUGGAAACAGGGACUUGACAUUUGAAGAGAAGCGGAGUCUUAGUGAGGACCUUCAGGAAUUACCUUAUGACAAGCUAGAGGCAGUUGUGCAGAUUAUAAAGAAGAGUAAUCCAGAACUCGCUCAACAAGACGAUGAGAUUGAGUUAGAUAUUGAUAGUCUUGAUCUCGAAACACUUUGGGAGCUUUACAGAUUCGUCACUGAAUAUAAGAAGAGCUUGAGCAAGAAAAAGGAGGAACUGGCAUUGGGCUCAGUAAGAGAUGCUGAAUCUGUUCACAAUAGUGUCCAAGAACCGAGCACUCUAACAACUGGCCUUAAGUCCCCAAAAGGUCAUGUGGCAUCCCCUGUUCGACAAGAAGUAAAUGCUGGUGGAUCAAGUAGUUCUAACAGUUCUAGUAGUGGCUCAGGCUCGUGUUCUAGUGAUUCUGAUAGCGACAGCUCAGGACAUGGAUCUGAUAACGGUAAUUAACCAAGAUUGUGGAAGUAUUUAGCAUAGGUUGGAGCGAUCACGUUGUCAAACUUUUUGCAUCUCUUUCAGUAGCAAAGCUAGGUUGCCUUUUUUUCCAGCCUUUUCCCCAUCGGAUUGUUUCUGUAUUAGGUUCUUGUCAACUGUACAGAAAAGUGAACGUUUGAAGUGUUUUGUUUUGGCCUUGUCAUCAAGUGAACAGGCUUGUUCUAAACUUUUUAAUUGUUUUGUGGUUGUUACGUUCAUAAUUGCUCUCCUAUGGCCAUUA